GAGAAACAGCAAUAAAGGAAAGGCAAGCAAAGGGAGUCAGAGCCUACAACCCCACGGGACGCAACGGGAGUUGUGAUAAAUUGAAAAUAGUUUGCAAGCAGUUGUGUGAGCAAUGUCAGAUCAGAUGUGAACGUGAGUGUGCAGACCUGAAUAAGUGUGGGGGUCUUUUUCUUUGUGUGCUGUUUACGUCCGUCACCAAGGUGAUCGUGUGGGAGGCGGUCCUCUGGUUUUACGUUCGUGGACAGGAAUAAACGAAUCCACGACAGCUAUUUGCUGAACUAACGUCACAGUUAAAGAGAAACGUCCAUUACUUGGUCAGCUAAAAACUAUUGAAAUGCAAAGGCAGUGAUUGCGAAAAGUAGCUAGCUAGAUCAAAUGCUAUCGGUUCAGCAUACCGAUAUUCAAAACUGUGGUCUAACGACGCCGAUAGGCCAGCUAGAAGCCACUUUGGGGACGCUCUGCCAGCGGGACUGACAACAGACGGGAUGAUCUCGGACUGGGGUCUGAUCAGUGAGAAGUCCCUGUGAUUGUGAAUGGGUCUGUGAGGUACAUUAGGAUGAGCAGGCCCCACUCUAUCGCUGCCUGCGGGGACUGAGAGACACCGCUCUAUACACAGCAGUCGAUGCGGUCUUCCACCGCAUCACCUGUGGCUGAGAAUCCAGCAUGUCUCGCGUCUCCACCACCGCCAAGCGCUACACCGGCUCCUCCUAUACCAGUGCCUAUAGCUCCUAUGGCUCCUCCCUGACGCCCUCCUCCCUCAGCUCCUACACCUCCAACCGGGACAAGCUGCCCUCAAACAGGAGCAACGCUGCCUCCUCGGGCUACUCCUCCUCCAGCUACCUGAGCAGCACCGCCAGCCGCGCCCGCAACUACAGCACCUCCUCGGAGCUCGACCGGGGCCGGCCCAUCCCCCGCACUGACCUCCUGAGCAGCAGCAGCCGGCGCAGCGAGAGCCUGAGCCGCACCCCAGUGAAGACCUAUGGCUCGUCGGGCCUGAGCGGGGGCUCCGGUUACUCUAGCUAUAGCAGCUACACCUCGUCCACCACGCCCAGCCGCUCUAGCUACCUCUCCUCUUCGCCCGGCACCUCCAGCAUCUCCCUCAGCCGCCGGAGGUCAUCGAGCCAGAGUGACCUGACGCGGGACCUGUCGUCCCUGGGCCUCACCGAGCCCACAUCCCCCUCCUCCAGUGCCCUGAGGGGUUACCGGAGCAGGGCCAGCGAUUUGGCCGAAUCCUACAACAGCAGUAUGCAGAGCUCCAGCUAUGGCCUGUCACGCAGCUCCACGCAGGAGGCCUUGAGCAGCAGCAGCCUGAAGAGCGGUGGUGGUAGCCGCUUCACCUCCUCCUAUGAGAGGAGCAACAGCAGCAGCAAUGGACGAUCCAGCUCCCCCACCAGCAACUCCCCGAACUCCAAGAGUGCCCAGGGCCUGGUGGGCCUACGGAACCUGGGAAAUACCUGCUUCAUGAACUCCAUCCUGCAGUGUCUCAGCAACACGCACAACCUCCGGGACUACUGUCUGCACAACUCCUACCGACGCGACCUUAACAAAAACAGCCGCACCAACACUGGAACACUCAUGGAGGAAUUCGCCAAGCUCCUCCAGACCAUGUGGACGUCCUCGAGCAGCGAGGCGGUCGGCCCCUCAGAGUUCAAAACUCAGAUCCAGAGAUACGCCCCCCGAUUCGUGGGAUACAACCAACAGGACGCCCAGGAGUUCCUGCGCUUCCUGCUGGACGGGCUGCACAACGAGGUAAACCGGGUCACGGUGCGGCCGCGGGGCAGCUCGGAGGACUUUGACCACUUGCCUGACAGAGAGAAAGGGGAGAGAAUGUGGAGCAAGUACCUGGAGAGAGAGGACAGUAAAGUAGUGGACCUGUUUGUGGGUCAGCUGAAGAGCUCGUUGACAUGCAGCACAUGUGGCUACUGCUCCACUGUCUUUGACCCCUUCUGGGAUCUCUCUCUACCCAUCGCCAAGAAGGGCUACGGAGAAGUGAGUCUGAUGGACUGCAUGAGUCUCUUCACCAAAGAGGAUGUGCUCGACGGCGAUGAGAAACCAACGUGCUACAGGUGUAAAGCCAGAAGAAGAUGCACAAAGAAGUUCACUGUACAGAAAUUCCCCAAGAUCUUAGUGCUUCAUCUGAAGCGCUUCUCUGAAGCGCGGAGAACCAGCAAACUGUCCACAUUUGUCAACUUCCCCAUGGAGAAACUGGACCUCAGGGAGUUUGCCUCAGAAAACAGCAUAAAUGCAGUUUAUAACCUGUACGCAGUGUCCAAUCACUCAGGCACGACCAUGGGCGGCCAUUACACAGCGUACUGUCGCAACCCCACCUCGGGAGAAUGGUACACGUUCAAUGACUCCAGAGUAACGCCAAUGUCCUCCAGCCAAGUGCGCAGCAGUGACGCCUAUGUGCUGUUCUACGAGCUGGCCUCCUCCUCGCGGAUGUGAUGGCCUCCCGGAGGUGGAGGGAGGGAGGGAGGAGGAGGGCAAAGCCAGGCCCAUUAGGACUAAUCACAUACACAAGAGGCUACUACUUCCCCUCCCCAACUCCAUCCACAACAGAGAGAGGCUACUUCAACUGCUGGACGUCCACCCUCAGACUAUGGAAACACUACAGGAAUCUGUCAUCUUUGCUGUUCCCGUUCAACCCAGCCCUUCUCACUCCACCCUCUCUUCUCUCUCCUGCCUCUCUCUCUCUCUGCUCUUGGGGAGCAGGAUGGUCGGAGGAGUCAGCCUGUGCCUGUGCUUGUGUGGUGCGUGAGUAUGUGUGUGUUAGGCGAACACAGGGGAGCAUCUCCAGGCAAUAAAAACCAAGCGUCUCCGUCUCCGAAGUCCCUCUCUCUAUGCACUGCAACAAACCAAACUCUCGUCCCGACUGCACCUUCUUCUCUUCUUAUUGUUCGAGAUCGCCUCAAUAUUAAAAGACAUUGUUUCAAUUUUCAUUUUUGUUUUGGAUUUUCUUGUUGAUUUUUGUAUUGGUAUUACCCUCAUCAUCACGGUGGAAGAUUAACUGAACUGUGUUGCGGCAGCGCCCCCUGCUGACAUGUUGGAGUAGGACAAUAUGGCGCCGUCAGAAAUUCUUCUUACCACACUGCUCACACAAACCUGAGUGUCCCCUCCUGCCGACACACUGCAAUGUCUCAUCCCAGUUUCUCUGUUCAGCUGUGUAUAGUACUAUUCUGUCCUCUCACUGCUACUGCUCUCGCUCUCACUGCUGCUCUCUCUCUCUCUCUCUCUCUUGCUCUCACUGCUGCUCUCUCACUCUCACUUUGUCCUGCAUCUUCCUCUCUGAAGGGUUGUCCUCUGAGAGUGCUGUGUUCAGAGGAUGCCCUGUACCUUGUGUUAUUUUUUUUUAGUGUGGCUGCUACUGAUGUUUUAAAGUGCUGUGAAUGAAAGGACAAUCCAGUACGAACUAAUACUAUUGAUCACAAUCUUGUCAGUAUGGAUUUGUUCAUCCUCAAUUGUCAUGCCAUUGAACAACAUGGAAAGAAUGUUUUCAAAAAAACAUAUCUGUAUAUUUUUAUAUUCUGAUGCAAUAUAGAGAAUGUACUAUACAGUGGUGCUGAAAAGACCUGUUACUGUCUUCAGUUAAUUUAACAGGUGAAGGAGAAAGGCUCUUAAUUAUGCUUACAGGUGACUUCCAUGUGAUACGAGUCAUACUUCUUCACAGUGGCAGUCAAAACACAUGAAUUUAUUAUAUAUAUAAAUUAAUUUUAAAAACAGUG